UCCUGCAACUGUCAAUGUCAAGGUUCAUGUAAACUGUGGUGUGCGAAUUUUUUACAAAAAGUAAAAUUGAUAUUGUAUUUUGUGUUGUACCUGGGUAUUGUGAAAUUCCUUGGUUCCUGAAUCAUUCGCCGGAAUCGUUCACACAAAGAGAAUUGUUUCGCAGGUCUUCCUACUCUCCGUGGCUGACCAGGAAUGAUGCCUUCCAAGUAACUCUGAUGCACAUUUAUGAAAACUCUAUGGUCAGGAUAGCGAUUUCGACCGAGAAAACGUCUUUCAUAUUCUCGGGCAGCAGCUCGAGCAUUUCCAUCACAAAGCCCAUAAACAUAGUGCAUUUCUGCAUAUUCGUGGGAACUAUAAGCCAUUUGUGAAGGUUUACUUGUAAUAGUAGCAAAGGAGUUAAAACACGAAAAACGCCGAAAAUAGAAACAGCAAAUAGUGUUUUGAUACCAGCUGAUUUUUUCGUUAAGCCUUUACUUGCACGCACGCUCUUCUGUAUGAUAUACUCUUACAUCUACAUCUACACUGAAAGGAGAAAAGCUUACUAAAACUGUCCUGACUUGUCCGAUGUCUAGUGCUGAAACAGUAGAAGGCUCCGUCGAUCCCCCAUCCAAGAAGCGGAAGCUUAACGACACAUCAGCCAGUGCAGCCAUGGCCAAUAAUGGUGUCGCGUCAAGUUCCGCGGGUCGCAGCGACAUUGAUGAGGGACUCUACUCCAGGCAGUUGUAUGUGCUUGGACAUGAAGCGAUGAGAAGAAUGGCCAAUAGUGAUGUUCUUAUAUCAGGUCUUGGCGGCCUUGGAGUCGAAAUUGCAAAGAAUGUAAUUCUAGGUGGCGUUAAAUCCGUAACUCUUCAUGAUGAUCAACUUGUGGCCAUCUCAGAUUUAAGUUCACAAUUCUUUCUUUCCGAAGAAGAAAUCGGUAAGAACCGCGCGGAAGCAUGCUUUAAGAAACUUUCGGAGCUGAACAGUUACGUACCUACGCGGGCGCAUACAGGCGCACUUGAUGAAGAUUUCAUUAAGAAUUUCAGUGUAGUUGUUUUGACUGCAUCAUCUAGAAACGAACAGUUGAGAAUCAGCGAAAUAACGCACGCUAAUAACAUCGCUCUAAUCAUCGCAGAUACUAGGGGAGUAUUCUCACAGGUGUUCUGCGAUUUUGGAGAUAGUUUCACUGUUGUAGACACAACAGGAGAGCCGGCGGUUUCUGCUAUGGUGGCAGAUAUUAGCAAUGAUAAAGAAGGCGUGGUUACUUGUAUAGACGACACGAGGCAUGGGCUGGAAGAUGGCGAUUACGUUACAUUUUCGGAGCUAGAAGGCAUUACAGAGUUAAACGGUUGCGAGCCCAGACCAAUUAAAGUUCUUGGUCCCUAUACGUUCUCCAUAGGAGACACAACUAAUUUUUCAAAAUAUCAGCGAGGUGGUAUCGUUACUCAAGUAAAAAUGCCAAAGAAGUUGCACUUUAAAUCUUUAAAGGAAUCUCUUAAGGAUCCAGAGUAUUUGAUUGCUGACUUUGCUAAGUUUGAUUAUCCUCCUCAGCUGCAUUUAGCAUUUACCACAUUGCAUUUAUUCAUAGAAAAGCAUGGCCGAGUUCCAAAACCUUGGUCCAAUGACGAUGCGGCCGACUUUGUGUCUAUUGCUAAAACCAAUAGCGCCAGUAGUGGUGACACUAUAAACGAAGAUUUACUCGAAACAUUCGCCAAAGUCUCUGCCGGAGAUUUAUGCCCUAUGAAUGCUGUAAUUGGCGGAAUAGUCGCCCAAGAAGUGAUGAAGGCUUGCUCUGGAAAGUUCCACCCUAUUGUGCAAUGGCUGUACUUCGAUGCCAUCGAAACUUUACCAACUGAUAAAUCAGAGAUUACUGAAGAACUUGCUAAGCCGCAGGGUAGCCGAUAUGAUGGGCAAAUUGCAGUUUUUGGAAAGGAUUUCCAGAAGAAGAUUGCUGCUCAGAAUUACUUCGUUGUUGGUGCGGGUGCAAUUGGAUGCGAAUUGUUAAAGAACUUUGCCAUGAUGGGAUUAGGAACCGAUGGAGGAUCUAUAAUAGUCACUGAUAUGGACCUUAUUGAGAAGUCGAAUCUUAAUCGUCAAUUCUUGUUCCGACCACAUGACGUGCAGAAACCUAAGUCUGUUACUGCCGCCAUGGCUAUAAAGAAAAUGAAUCCCGAGGUCAACGUAAUUGCUCACGAGAAUCGUGUCGGUCCGGAAACUGAAAACAUAUAUGAUGAUACAUUCUUCGAAGCCUUAGAUGGCGUAGCUAAUGCUUUGGACAACGUCGAUGCAAGGAUUUAUAUGGAUCGGCGAUGUGUGUAUUAUCGCAAGCCUUUGCUGGAAUCCGGUACAUUGGGAACAAAAGGAAAUACCCAGGUGGUUGUACCAUUCCUUACUGAGUCAUACAGUUCAUCUCAAGAUCCCCCGGAAAAAAGCAUACCGAUAUGUACUUUAAAGAAUUUCCCCAACGCAAUUGAACAUACUUUGCAAUGGGCAAGAGACACUUUUGAAGGACUGUUUAAACACAGUGCAGAAAAAGCGUCCCAAUAUUUGAAGGAUCCAGAAUUUAUGGAACAAACCCUAAAACUACCUGGUGUGCAACCCUUAGAAACCUUAGAAUCGUUGAAAGCAGCUUUAGUUGAUGGGAGGCCCAAAAAUUUUGAAGAUUGUGUUGCUUGGGCGAGAAAUUACUGGCAGGAGCAAUACAGCAACCAGAUAAGUCAACUUUUGUUUAAUUUCCCGCCAGAUCAGCUGACCAGUACCGGUCAGUUGUUUUGGUCAGGUCCUAAACGUUGCCCACAACCUCUAACCUUUGACAUUAAUAACCCUUUGCAUGUAGACUAUGUAGUUGCUGCGGCAAAUUUAAAAGCUCAAGUUUACGGCCUUCCUACAAACAGAGACAGAGAAUAUAUUGUCGACGUUAUUUCGAAAGUUGUGGUUCCAGAAUUUAUUCCUAAAUCGGGUGUAAAGAUUGCUGUUACCGAUUCGCAAAUGUCCAUUAACGGAAACAACGUGGAUGUAGAUAGAAUUAUGCAAAUUAAAAAAGAGUUGCCCUCUCGCGAGGAGUUAAGUGGAUUAAACUUGCAACCUCUAGAGUUUGAAAAAGAUGAUGAUUCAAACUUUCACAUGGACUUUAUCGUUGCCGCGUCGAACCUUAGAGCCAUAAACUAUAAAAUACCACCAGCGGAUAGGCAUAAGUCAAAGCUAAUUGCUGGUAAAAUUAUCCCAGCCAUUGCAACAACGACUUCAGUUGUAGCCGGUCUGGUUUGUCUGGAACUUUACAAGUUAAUACGAUCACAUAAGAGUCUGGAACCAUUUAAGAACGGUUUUGUUAACUUGGCUCUACCAUUUUUUGGAUUUAGCGAACCGAUUGCUGCCCCAGAAAAAGAGUUUGGCGGCAACAAAUGGACCUUAUGGGACAGAUUCGAGAUUCAAGGGGAAAUGACACUGGCCGAAUUCCUCCAAUAUUUUCAGGAGAAACAUAAUUUGGAGAUAACGAUGUUGUCACAAGGCGUAUGCAUGUUGUACUCGUUUUUCAUGCAAAAAUCAAAAGCGCAAGAGAGAUUGGGUUUAACUAUGGCAGAAGUAGUAAAGAGGGUAUCAAAAAAGAAAAUUGAACCUCACGUUAAAGCGUUAGUAUUCGAGUUGUGCUGCAACGAUCCCGAUGGGGAAGAUGUUGAAGUACCCUACGUUAAAUAUAAUCUCGGUUAAAUAAAAACCCUUGCGUUUUUUAUAUCUGAGUAAGGUAUCCUCUUUGCACCUUCAGGUAACUUUUUAUUGUUUAAAUUAUUUAAAUAUUAUGGAUUUCUAUUAAUUUAGCACUGUUCAUAUUUGGGUGGAAAAUGUACUUCAUUAUGACUUUUUAUCGUAUCUUUUAGUUAUUAAUGUGCAUACUUUUGAGCAAGACUUGUAGAACAAGUAUUAAUAUACCAUUAAAAAGCAAA